AUGGCGAAUCUAAGGGGACGUCCAAACGCGCGAAGCCACCGCAAGAUCAAAGGCCGACGCCGUAAGCUGAACAUCGCGGCGCUGGUCUACAAGUUCCUUAGCCUAGGCGGCAGACCGGGUGACCCGAGGACACCGCCUGCCUACGACCAGGACACCGCCCACUCGCCGAAACGCCGCAAAGAGCUCCGGCAUUCCCUGAAUUCCCAAGUCGCCGGCACUAGAAAUAUGGUUAACAAACGGAAGGAGUCUAACAAGAAUUCCAAGGCGCACAGGAUCAAACGCGGCUACACGGACAGGGAUGCCGCUAAAUCUUCCUGCAUGUGCAAGCGCGGCGGUGAAGGGAUAGACAGGAUGAAAAUGUAUAUACAAAAGGCCUUAGACUUCGGUGUAGAAUCGGGUUACCUAAUACCAAAGGAUACUGCGUACAAAGUGCUACGCGUGUCCUCGGAUCUUGUGAGCGACGGCAAUUACGUAAGGGAUGGUCGGAAUUCGGAUAGAGCUGUUUCACGGGAUAGGGACAGAAGCCCACAUCGAACGCAGAUUAAAUUGGAUGAUUAUGGGGUGCAGGAGCCUUGUAAGAGCCGAAGAUCACACAGGAGGCGGCGAUCUGGCAGUGGUUCCAGGAGACGAAGGUCCUCCCGCAGGCGAAAGCGAAGGAGACGCAGCAGGUCCGCCAACAGAGAGGAGGUAGUAGAGGACGACGAUUACAAGUCCGAUAACCAGCCGGAAAAGAGGAGUAGUACGGAAAACGUGGACCGAAAAGAAGGAAAUGACCGAUCGAAUCAGUCGGACGAGGAGAAAACAACUAAAGGGAUAGAGGAUGGCUCGGAUUUGUCGAUGGACGAGGACGAGACGGACGAAGACGAGAAAAAGGAAGACGAUACGAACAAAUCGUAG